AUGUACAAUGAGAACGAAGAAGAAAGUACUACUGAACUCACAGUGACUCACACCGCAGUUGCUCUCAAUCCUUGGUUUGUGGCUCCAGAGACACUCAAUCCUUGGUUUGUGGCUCAAGAGACACUCAAUCAUUGGUUUGUGGCUCCAGAGACACUCAAUCCUUGGUUUGUGGCUCCAGAGGCACUCAGUUCUUGGUUUAAGGCUCAAGAGACACUCAAUCCUUGGUUUGUGGCGCCCAAGACACUCAAUCCUUGGUUUAAGGCUCAAGAGACACUCAAUCCUUGGUUUGUGGCGCCAGAGACACUCAAUCCUUGGUUUGUGGCGCCAGAGACACUCAAUCCUUGGUUUAAGGCUCAAGAGACACUCAAUCCUUGGUUUGUGGCGCCAGAGACACUCAAUCCUUGGUUUGUGGCGCCAGAGACACUCAAUCCUUGGUUUGUGGCGCCAGAGACACUCAAUCCUUGGUUUAAGGCUCAAGAGACAAUCAAUCCUUGGUUUGUGGCUCAAGAGACACUCAAACCUUGGUUUGUGGCGCCAGAGACAAUCAAUCCUUGGUUUGUGGCUCAAGAGACACUCAAACCUUGGUUUGUGGCGCCAGAGACACUCAAUCCUUGGUUUGUGGCUCCAGAGACACUCAAUCCUUGGUUUGUGGCUCCAGAGACACUCAAUCCUUGGUUUGUGGCUCCAGAGACACUCAAUCCUUGA